AGAGUGAUGGUUGUGGAGUGAGCGGGUGCGGGGAGCCCUGGAUUGUUCCUUGUACUGGGGAGGGGGGACAGAGGCGCCUGGAGCAGCUUGUGCCAUGUGGCCCUCGGAGGAAUGGACCGGUCCCCGGGUGCCGCUGCAGUAAUGGGCAGCGGCGCUAGCCCCGCGGGGUGCGUGGUGCCCGCUCCAGCCUGGCCGGGAUUAACUGUGUGAGGAGCCGCAGGAAGUCUGGCAGUCUGCACAUCACCCAGCGCAUGAGAAGGAAUGAUGACUCCAUGAGGGAACUUCUUUUCAAUCACUCAUUCACCCAGUCAUGUCUCAGGAUGCUCCCAGCCAAUAAUGUGCCAUUCACCUAGACUGGGAUUUACCCUGUGAAAGGGAGAGGUAGAACAUGAGUCCUAAACAUAACCUCAAGCUCUUUCUUUUGCAUCAUUUUUGGUGUAUUUAUAUGUAGAACCCUGAGCAUUGGGCACAUGCACUGCUAAACCUGCUUUGCUAGAUCCAAGAGCUGCAGCUGUGUGUUGGACUCUGAUAUUUUCUCAUCGUCAUCAUGGCUUCAGUUUGGAAGAGACUGCAACGUGUUGGGAAACAUGCAUCCAAGUUCCAGUUUGUGGCCUCUUACCAGGAGCUGAUGGUCGAGUGCACCAAGAAAUGGCAGCCAGAUAAACUAGUGGUGGUUUGGACAAGAAGAAGCCGAAGGAAAUCUUCUAAGGCCCAUAGCUGGCAACCUGGAAUCAAAAAUCCAUACCGUGGUGUGGUGGUGUGGCCUGUUCCUGAAAACAUUGAAAUCACUGUGACACUUUUUAAGGAUCCCCAUGCUGAAGAAUUUGAAGACAAAGAGUGGACAUUUGUCAUAGAGAAUGAAUCACCUUCUGGACGCAGAAAAGCACUUGCCACCAGCAGCAUCAACAUGAAGCAAUAUGCAAGCCCCAUGCCUACACAGACAGAUGUCAAGUUAAAAUUCAAGCCUUUGUCUAAGAAAGUUGUAUCUGCCACCCUUCAGUUCUCUUUAUCUUGUAUUUUCCUGAGGGAAGGAAAAGCUACAGAUGAAGACAUGCAAAGCCUGGCUAGUUUGAUGAGUAUGAAGCAAGCCGACAUUGGAAAUUUAGAUGAUUUUGAGGAAGACAAUGAAGAAGAUGAAGAGAACAGAGUGAAUCAGGAGGAAAAGGCUGCAAAAAUUACAGAAAUUGUAAACCAGUUGAAUGCUCUGAGCAGCUUAGAUGAAGAUCAAGAUGACUGCAUAAAGCAAGCAAAUAUGCCUUCAGCUAAAUCAGCCAGUUCCUCUGAAGAGCUUAUCAACAAGCUUAAUUUUUUGGAUGAAGAGGAGCAAGACUUGGCCAAUUCCAGUUCGAAUCCAUUUGAAGAUCCUGAUGCAGCAGAAUUAAACCCAUUUGAAGAUCCUGAUGCAGAAGACCACAAUACUGAAACAGCUUCAUCUUCAAAACCAGAAGACUCUCACUAUAGCGAUAAUUAUAAUCCCUUUAAAGAGGAAGGUGCUCCAGAGUACUUGAACCCAUUUGAUGAGCCAGAUCCUGAACCAGAAAUGUUUGUAACUGUCAAAGAUUAUCCUCCACAACCUGCAAAAAGGAAAAAUGUGAGACCGGUGGACAUGAGUAAAUACCUCUAUGCAGAUACUACUAAAACUGAAGAGGAAGAGUUAGAUGAAUCAAAUCCAUUUUAUGAACCAAAAUCAAGCCCUGCUUUAAAUAAUCAAGUUACUACACUGCAAGAAGCAGAAAAGAUGAAAAGAAAGGCUCCUGCACCACCAGUCUUCUCACCAAAGACAGAGACAGGAAUGAGUGAGAAUAUGUCCGCUGUUCCUGCAGUGAAGGAGCUUUCUUCUUCUCCUAAGCCAAGCCCAGUACCAAGUCCUGUUUUGGGGAGAAAGCCAAAUGCUAGUCAGUCACUGCUUGUAUGGUGCAAAGAAGUUACAAAAAACUAUAGGGGAGUGAAAAUCACCAAUUUUACUACAUCAUGGAGAAAUGGUUUAUCUUUCUGUGCAAUAUUACACCACUUUAGGCCAGAUUUAAUUGACUACAAGUCCCUGAAUCCUCAAGAUAUUAAAGAGAACAACAAAAAGGCAUAUGAUGGGUUUGCCAGUAUAGGAAUAUCCCGAUUGCUGGAACCUUCUGACAUGGUUUUGUUAGCAAUUCCUGACAAACUGACCGUUAUGACUUAUCUCUAUCAAAUAAGGGCACAUUUCAGUGGCCAAGAACUAAAUGUGGUUCAGAUAGAGGAGAACAGUAGUAAAAGCACGUAUAAAGUAGGUAACUAUGAAACGGACACAAACAGUUCUGUUGAUCAGGAAAAGUUCUAUGCAGAGCUUAAUGAUCUGAACCGAGAGCCUGAACUGCACCAGCCUGAAAGUGGUUUGGCAGACUUCAUUUCGCAGGAUGACUCUGUAUUUGUAAAUGACAGUGGUGUUGGAGAAUCAGAAAGUGAGCAUCAGACACCUGAUGACCAUUUAAGCCCAAGCACAGCUGCCCCUUCUUCUCGCAGGACUAGAAGUGACACUGAUCCACAAAAAUCCCAGCAGAGCUCUGGAGGGACUUCUGGAUCUGAAGAGGCCAGGAAAUGUGGCAGUGCAGAUACAGAACAGGCACAGCCUUUGCUGGGAAGGAAGAAACUGCUGAAAGUCGACACUUUGGACUUGAGUGACUUGCCACAUGUCAGUGAUCAAAAAAAGGAUGAAUCUCCAACCGUUGUUUGUGAAGACGCUGACAAGAAAAGGCACCAGAGUUCACACAGUACCAUUAGUUUCUCGGAGCAAGAAAAGCUGCGACAUACAGGCUCCACAGAGAGCAGGAGAUCAGAUCCUGGCUCACCUGUCAAAAAAACAAGUUUAUCUCCCACUUCUAAAGUUGGAUACUCUUAUAACAAGGAUGCAGAUCUUACAAAGAAAAAACACGCUUCUCUGAAGCCAAUAGAGACCGAUUCUGACACUGACACCAGAACAGUUAUAAAUCACGCAGAUCAAACUGCAAAAACUGCACAGCAACGAAUGUUGUCAAGACAAGAAGAACUUAAAGAACGAGCAAGAGUUCUUCUUGAGCAAGCAAGAAGAGAUGCAGCUUUAAAGGCAGGGAAUAAACAGAUAACCAGUACUAUCACCCCAGCCCACGCUAAGCAGCUGAGCGAUCAGCAAGAUGAAGAGCGACGUCGGCAGCUGAGAGAGAGAGCUCGUCAACUAAUAGCAGAAGCUCGAUCUGGAGUGAAGAUGUCAGAACUUCCUGCCUACACUGAAAUGGCUGCAGAAAAGUUGAAAGAAAGGUCAAAGGCGUCUGGAGAUGAGGAUGAUAAUACUGAGAUAAAAACUAAUGAGGAGAUUCCUGAAUGCUCUAUUACAGAAGGUGGAGAUGAUCUUACUAACCUAGAAAAUGACCUUGAUUCUACUGAACAAAACAGUAAGUUGGUGGAUUUGAAGCUGAAGAAGCUCCUAGAAGCUCAGCCACAGGUGGCAAAUUCACUCUCCAGUGCGGCUCAGAAAGCUGUAACUGAUAGCUCAGAGCAAGACAUUAAGAAUGGAACAGAAGAACAUCGUGCUGAGCGAUUACAAAAAGCAACAGAACGUUUUAGAAAUCCUGUUGUGUUCAGCAAGGACUCUACAGUCAGGAAAACUCAGCUCCAGUCUUUCAGUCAAUAUGUUGAGAACCGACCAGAGAUGAAAAGGCAAAGAUCAAUACAGGAAGAUACAAAGAGAGGAAAUGAGGAGAAGGCAGCGAUAACUGAAACUCAGAGGAAGCCAUCAGAAGAUGAAGUGCUUAAUAAAGGGUUCAAAGACACCAGUCAGUAUGUUGUAGGAGAAUUGGCAGCACUAGAGAAUGAGCAAAAGCAAAUUGACACCCGUGCCGCGCUGGUGGAGAAGCGCCUUCGCUAUCUCAUGGACACAGGAAGGUACACAGAAGAAGAAGAAGCUAUGAUGCAGGAAUGGUUCAUGUUGGUUAAUAAGAAAAAUGCCUUAAUAAGAAGAAUGAAUCAGCUUUCUCUUCUGGAAAAAGAACAUGACCUAGAAAGGCGGUACGAACUGCUGAACCGAGAGUUAAGAGCAAUGCUUGCUAUCGAAGAUUGGCAAAAGAAUGAAGCCCAGAAAAGGCGAGAGCAGCUUUUGCUGGAUGAACUUGUUAUUCUCGUUAAUAAACGUGAUGCCCUGGUCAGAGAUUUGGAUGCCCAAGAAAAACAGGCCGAAGAAGAAGAUGAACAUUUGGAAAGAACUCUUGAACAAAACAAAGGCAAGAUGGCCAAGAAAGAAGAGAAAUGUGUCCUUCAGUGA